CGCUGCGGGUGACGUUUCCCUUCGCCUUUCUUUCCCCUUGGAUUUUCGAGAUGCUGUUGGGAAAACUCGCGCAGCCGGCGCGCAGCUUGAGCGAACGGCUGUCGGCGGGCGGCUGCAGGCGGUUCUGGGGCUGGCUGAACGCCGUGUUCAACAAGGUGGACUACGAGCGCAUCCAGGCUGUUGGGCCCGACAGGGCAGCCUCAGAGUGGCUGCUGCGGUGUGGAGCACUGGUACGCUAUAAAGGCUAUGAGAAAUGGCAGCAGGACUACAGCGGCCUCCCCACGGGGCCCUUAGGGAAAUACAAGAUAGAAGCAAUCAACGCCACUGAGUCUUGCAUCAUGUACAGAGGAUUUGACUACUUGGAUGGUCUUGAACACGUUACUGAAAUCAAGCUGCAGAAGUGUAUUUAUAUACAGGAUGAGUGUCUGCAGAGGCUCAGCGACACUAAGAACCUACAAAAGAGCCUCCUGCAGCUGAAGAUUAUUUCCUGUGGGAAUGUCACAGAUAAAGGCAUCAUUGCACUUCACAAGCUGACGAACCUUGAAUAUUUGUACCUGAGUGACCUUCCUGGAAUAAGACAGAAAGAAACUACUGCUCGUGUCCUUCAGCAGGCACUGCCAAACCUAGAGCUGGAGCUGGAUCUGGACUGAAUGCAACGAGGGAUAUUUGAUUUCAUGCUCUUUAUCACAUGUUGUGUAAAUUAAGUUGUGGAUGCUGCUCUGUUUACAGGUAUGGAAAUAAACCCAGAUCUCUCAAUCCA